AUGAGUUUCUCUGACGACGAAGACUUUAACGACAUAUAUGGCGAUGACUCGAACGCCACCACUACGACAGCGACUACGGCAGGUGAACCUGUCAAGGACGUUGCUGAAGCCAAGAGCGAGGAGAGCAAGCCAACGGAGUCUGGUAGUGCCACGGACGCUUCUAAGGGGGACGCCAAAUCUGCUACAGAAUCUUCCACCUCGGGCGUCACUGCGACCAGCACUACAACUGCUGCCGAACCAGCGGCCGGCCAAACCUCACAACUAGAUCAGUUGGCUGCUCUGCAGGCGCUAUCUUCUAACUUGAGUCAGCUGCAGCAAGCUGCAACUGGAAACGCUUCUAAGGAGCCGGCUGCGGCCAGUCCACCAGCCAUGCCAAACAUGCCAAACAUGCCAAGCAUGCCAAGUAUGCCAGGUAUGCCUAGUAUGCCUAACAUGCCAAAUAUGCCUAAUAUGCAGCAACAAUGGCAACAGCUUCAGCAGCUACAGCAGUCCAUGCCUCAAUUCCAACAAUCUGGCUCUUCCGCAGCCGCAGCCGCAGCCGCCGCCGCCGCUGUGGACAGGAAAGCAGAUCUUUCUCGUGAUAUUUGUAAGAUGUUUAUCGGUGGUUUGAACUGGGAAACCACUGAAGACAACUUGAGAGAUUAUUUCUCUAAAUAUGGUACUGUUACCGAUCUUAAGAUUAUGAGAGACAAUGCCACUGGUAGAUCCAGAGGUUUUGGAUUUUUAACCUUCGCAGAGGCGUCUAGCGUAGAUGAGGUUGUAAAGACACAGCAUAUCCUUGACGGGAAAGUUAUCGAUCCAAAGAGAGCUAUUCCAAGAGAGGAGCAAGAUAAAACUGGAAAAAUCUUUGUUGGUGGUAUCGGUCCGGACGUCAGACCAAAAGAAUUUGAGGAAUUUUUCUCCCAAUGGGGUACAAUCAUUGAUGCCCAGCUGAUGCUGGACAAAGAUACCGGUAGGUCGAGAGGUUUUGGUUUCAUUACCUAUGAUACUCCAGAUGCAGUUGACAAGGUCUGUGAAAAUAAGUUCAUCGAAUUUAAGGGUAAGAGAAUUGAAAUCAAAAGAGCCGAGCCAAGACAUCUACAAAAACAACAGCAACAAAAAACACAAACCGCUUUCAAUCCCUCGCAAUUCAACAUGUUUCAGAAUCCCAUGAUGGGGGGUUUCAAUCCGAUGUUCAAUCCCCAAGCCAUGGCAGAUUAUUACACUAAAAUGCAAGAAUACUAUGCACAGAUGCAACAACAGACAGGCGUUGACUAUUCACAGAUGUAUCAGCAACAAAUGCAACAAAUGCAACAAAUGAUGACUGGUAUGAUGCCCAACAUGGGUGCAAUGCCUUCGGCUUCAUCGCAAACGGAUAGUACCAAUCAAGAAGCUUCAGAAGUACCCACCAUAGGAUCCGAGGAGAAAAAUGAAGAGAGUGCUGAAGAUGAAAGGGAUGCGGACAGAAGAGUAUCUUCUCCACCCACAAAUGCUCCAAGGGGCCCUAGAUCAGGUGGUUCUCGUGAGAAUGGAGGUUAUCGUAAUCGCGAUCGCGAUCGCGAUCGCAAUGGCUACCGCAACAGAGAUCGUAAUGGUUUCCGUGGAGGUCGUAGUGGCUAUUCCAGACGUAAUAACAAUGGCUACCACCCAUAUUCAAGAUGA